AUGCUGUUGCAACCAAUUAACUCAGCGGAAGAUUAUUGCAGCACUCUUAAACUCAACAUCGACGACACUCCACCAACCAGAUACAUGUCUGGAAUUCUUGAUUAUUAUUGCCAUAAUGGUGUUACUUCUGAUGAUUUGGUCAUAUCACCAUUGUCUCCAAUAUCUGCAUUAGGUUCACAUGACCGAUUCAAAACUCCACUUGAUGAUGUGAAGGAACAGAUUGUUACCAUUGGUGUCAAGGAAUGUCUCAACAUAUUGAAAGCUACUUUAACAUCAACAUCUGCCCUUACAAAUGGUUUGGCACACCUUUUAACAGGAAUCAAGGAGGAGAAAUGA